AUCAUCGCCACCAGUUUGGCAGUGAGUCCAGAAUUUGCGUCUUUGUGAUAUUCAGGAUCUUUCAAUCACCACCGUCUUGGCCGAGUUCCAGGACCCAAGGCAGCCAUGAGAGGAGACACUCUAGUCCAGCGACACCCCCCGACCCCGCCAACGCUAGUGGGAGACUUUCAUUCGGACCUGCAUCGAGUUGCGCAAUAUGGCGCAGAUGGCGGGUAUUCGUACAGUGAGGCGGGCUAUGGCGUUCAUGGUCACGAAGGGAUCCCUUUGCGUGCGGCACAUGCCGGCAGCCACGGCGAAGGAGUCGGGCUAGGAAUCCAAUAUGAAGGUUAUGGUGCUUCGGAGUAUUACCACGACGGUCAAGCUGGUCACCCGGGCAGCCAGGGUGUGUUUUCGCCGCCGACUCCAAGGUCCACCAAUGAUGACGACUACACCGUGCGAUCAUCUCGCAGUGUACGGUCGAAAGCAAGCGCGAGCCCGCCUCGAAGACAUGACAGUCCUCAGCCAAAGCCAACGCCAAAAGCCAGGAAGGCCAAGGCCGCAAAAGCAGACAAGGCGCAAGUGCCCAAGCUGACCGCUCCCUUGAGUUUACUGACGGAAAGGCUGCAUCACAUCCCAGUUAAGGACAUGGAGGCAUGGGUCAACCGGACAGCAGACGUUAGGCUGAAAGAAGCCGAGAAGAGGAACGGCUACAUCACCCGACCAAUGAACUCGUUCAUGCUCUACCGAUCAGCAUAUGCCGAGCGCGCAAAGGCGUGGUGCUUACAGAAUAACCAUCAAGUGGUGUCGUCAGUGGCGGGAGAGAGCUGGCCUCUCGAGCCAGCAGAGGUCCGCGACCGCUUCAACGACUACGCCAAGAUCGAACGGAUCAACCACCACAACGCACAUCCAACGUACAAGUUCUCCCCCAGCAAGGCGGCUGCCCCCCCACGGAAACGCAAGGAUGAGUGGUCGGACGAGGAGCCUAGCGACCUUGACGACGCGGAGUGGGCCCCUGAGAGCGGCAGGCGAUCGAGGCCGUCGAAGCGCUUCCAGCGCUCCAUCAGCUACCCACCCAACCUCGGGCCCGCGGAGUACGUCGAGCGCCCGUACGGACACCCGCCCAACAGCAUGAUGCGCUCGUCGUGGGAAAUGACCAACGAAGGCCGCCCCAUGCCCAUGCCCAUGCACCACGACAUGUACAACCAGUACUACCAAACCGCGGUGUACCCGAACGUACACAUGGGCACGCACUACAGCGAGGACCUGCGGCUGCGGCGCGUCGGGGUGCCCGCGAGCGCGCCAGCCCCAGCGCUGCAGUUCUCGUCGAACCAGCUGCUGGGCCUGCCGGGCGGCGACGCGAGCGACCUGAUGAGCCACCUGCAGACGCAGGUCACGACGCCGUUCGACGAGGGCCAGGUCGACCCGCUGCUGCUGGCGUACGAUGGCGGGCCGCGCGCCGACGUCGUCGACUACCGCAACAGCUACUCGACCAUGAUCGACCACAAGUACGACCAGCAGGAGAUGGAGCGGCUGCUGGAGCUGGAGCACGCGCACGACAGCUACGGCGCGUCGUGGCAGGCGGAUCCGUCCAUGGCGUCGCUCGACCAGGAGUCCGAGUUCGACAAGUGGGUGGGAGAGCACUGAGGGCGAGGGCCGGGGAAGAUGACGUCAUUCGAUAGAUACGACCGCAUACGCAUGAUUUGAGUU